AUGCAGAACGAUGAAGAGUUCUUUGUUGGGGACCAGGAAGACGAGAAUACAUCGUCUGACUUGGAGCUGAUUGUGGACAAGGCUUCUGGAAAGGAAGAACAGAAGGAAGAGGCCGAGGGGCAAAACAUCUUGGACUACGACAUAGAAAGCUUUACAGAUAAGCCUUGGAAUAAACCUGGGGCAGAUAUCACGGACUACUUCAAUUAUGGGUUCAAUGAGACGACUUGGAGGGAAUACUGUAAUAUGCAGAGAAGGAAAAGUGAGUUUGCACGGGGAGGAACAGAAUGGACGGAUGAGAAGUAUGGAGGAGUGAGAAGAGGGUUCAGUGAGAUUAAGAAGGAAGGAGAAGGGGAUGGAGGAAGAGGAAGACGAGGUAGCAGAGGAGAGCGAGAAGGAGGAAGGAGAGGAACUGGAGAAGGACGAUGGGAAGGAUGGAACGGGAGGAAGGAUGGAGGAAGACGGCGAGGAGAUAGAGAGGAGAGAAGCCAAGGAAGAUAUGAAGAGCGGGGAGAGGGAAGGAGGCAAGGAUACCGAGACGGGGGAAAGAGGCAAUGA